GGGGCGAGUCCGGGGAUCUCCGCUCCUCCAGAGGCUCCCAGAGGCGCCUGGCCUCCGCAGAGCUGCAAAAGCGGCAGGGCUUGGUGGUCGGGGUGUCUGUGCUUCCCCUUUCUUCCUUGCCAGUCUUGGGCUGCCCCCCAGGAUCCAGGGAUCGGCAGGAGGGACCUGAGCCUCGGCGGCGCCGGAAUGGGAAACAGUGGCCUCCGCGCUCAUGUGGAAACAGCGCAGAAAACUGGUGUCUUUCAGCUUAAGGACCGCGGGCUGACCGAGUUCCCCUCGGACUUGCAGAAGCUGACGAGCAACCUCAGGACCAUCGACUUGUCCAACAACAAGAUCGAGAGCCUGCCGCCUCUGCUGAUGGGGAAGUUCACUCUGCUGAAGAGCCUCUCCCUGAACAACAACAAACUGACUGUUCUGCCUGAUGAGUUAUGCAAUCUGAAAAAACUGGAGACGCUAAGCCUAAACAACAAUCACCUGAAAGAGCUGCCCUCCACCUUUGGGCAACUCUCUGCCCUCAAGACCCUGAGCCUCUCCGGGAACCAGCUGGGAACACUACCACCCCAACUUUGUAGCCUUCGACAUCUGGAUGUAGUGGAUCUCUCUAAGAACCAGAUUCGGAGUAUACCUGACAUAGUGGGGGAACUGCAAGUCAUCGAACUCAAUCUCAACCAAAACCAGAUAUCUCAGAUCUCGGUAAGGAUAUCUUGCUGUCCACGUCUCAAAGUUCUUCGCCUGGAAGAGAACUGCCUUGAGCUCAGCAUGCUUCCACAAAGCAUCCUCAGCGAUUCCCAGAUCUGUCUGCUUGCUGUGGAAGGCAAUCUUUUUGAAAUCAAGAAACUUCGAGAACUGGAAGGCUAUGAUAAGUACAUGGAGAGGUUCACAGCCACCAAGAAGAAGUUUGCAUGAUGUUCCCAGGGCCAUGGAAACCUUACAGGACACUGACAUGGAACCUCUGUUGGAAUCUGGCUGAAUCAAAGGCCUGCGCUGUCGUCAAGGAUAUCUGUCGUAAGGAGAUUACACUCCAGGAGAUUAUAUUUCGCUCAAUGAUCUAGAUCCUUUUCAAGGCUCACCUCAAGUAAGCUAAAAGAAAAGGAAUGAGGAGACAGGAAGAGUCCUCCAUUUUGUCCUGGAUAUCAAAACCAUCAGUAGCUUGGCUGUAUGAAACCAGUAGCUAGUUGCUAUUUAUACGGUGAGGGGGUGCUGCCUGGUAACAGAACAGCUCCACACCACAGCUUAAAUUUCAAUGUGUGAGCUUUCAUAAAGUCAGUUGCCAUUCCAUCUGUGUUAACACUUCAUAUUUUUGUGAAAUUCAAGUAAUUUUUGAGACUGUUAUGGUUAAUCUGGGAAUUUAUGAUUUUGUUGUAGCCCAACCAUUCAAUUACCAGCUUUUAUACCAGGAACUUAGGAUGUACACAAGUAUAUGACUGUGUAUUGAUUAAAAGUGUGCGUUGUCAGAGAAGUUCAAACACAACACUAAGAGAUGUUUCCUAAGGCUGCAGUAGCAAAUUCUUUACUGCAGGUGCCUUAUUGGCAGAGGGCUCGGAAGAGCCAAAAAUCGUAUAUGCAACACUUGUAAUAUAACAGAUUUUAAUAAUCAAGAUUUUCCUGAAGCUUUGGUAGAAAUAAUGUCUUAUUUCUGGUAAUCUUUCCCCUUUUUUGUAUUUAUACCUCUACUAAUUAAAUUACCUAUCCAAAAACCAUUACUAUAAUAUUUUAAAGCAAGCUAUGUUAUCAAGUGUAUUCUCUGAGAGAAUAUACUAAAAUAAAGAAUUUUUAAUGAA